GGUGCACACGUAGCACCUCCGGGUGGUUGCCGUGGUCCCGAGUGCCCGGCCUGCUCGUGAGCGGAGAGGCCUGUCGGGGACCUGGCUCUGCAACAGGCGAGGGGGCCCUGGAGCCACCCUAAGCCCCGUCUCUGUCCAGCACCUUCUCUUGAAGCAGCUGCGUGAAGAGCAUGGAGUCUGAGGAUCAGACAGAGAAGAUUAGCAUCAGUGCUGAGAGCCCUAGAAGUGUUGACCUGGGGGAGCUGGGUGUAGGGCUGCUAAGCUCUGAGAAGAGCCAUCCAGGCACCUGGAGGCAGAAAUGUGCAGCCUAUGUCCUGGCCCUGCGGCCCUGGAGCUUCAGUGCCUCUCUGACUCCUGUAGCUCUGGGCAGUGCCCUAGCCUAUCGGUCCCAAGGAUCCCUAGACCCAGGGCUGCUAGUGGGCAGUGCAGUGGCUGUCCUGGCAGUGCAUGGAGCAGGCAACUUGGUUAAUACCUACUAUGACUUCUCAAAGGGUAUUGACCACAAGAAGAGUGAUGACCGGACAUUGGUGGACCAGAUCUUGGAGCCUCAGGAUGUGGUUCGAUUUGGGGUCUUCCUCUAUACUCUGGGCUGUGUCUGUGCUGCCUGCCUCUACUGUCUCUCUACUCUCAAGCUGGAGCACCUGGCCCUGAUUUACUUUGGUGGACUUUCCAGCUCUUUCCUUUAUACUGGAGGAAUUGGAUUUAAAUAUGUUGCACUUGGCGACUUGGUGAUCCUCAUCACGUUUGGACCCCUGGCUGUUAUGUUUGCCCAUGCCGUGCAGGUUGGCUAUCUGUCUGUCUCACCGCUGCUCUAUGCUAUCCCACUAGCCCUCAGCACGGAGGCCAUCCUGCACAGCAACAACACUCGGGACAUGGAAUCUGACCAGCAAGCAGGCAUUGUCACCCUGGCUAUCCUCAUUGGCCCCAUGUUCUCCUACAUGCUCUACAACACACUACUCUUCCUGCCCUACCUGAUUUUUUGUGUCUUGGCCACACGCUAUACCAUCAGCAUGGCACUACCACUACUUACCAUUCCUAUGGCCUUUUCGCUGGAGAGGCAGUUCCGGAGCCAGAGUUUCAGCAAACUUCCCCAGCGGACAGCCAAGCUCAAUCUCUUGCUGGGGCUCUUCUAUGUUUUUGGUAUUCUGCUGGCACCACCAGGCACACUGCCCAAACUGUAACAGCUAGCGCUGCCUCGUGGCUUCAGUGUUAAUGGCAGAUCUCAGUUGGAAGUCGGAGGUUUGUUGUGGAUGGUGGCCAGAGCAAGAAGGCUAGCUCAAGGCAGUGACCCCAUGUGAAUAUUGUGGACUUUGGUCUUGUUGAGAUAAACGGUUUCUCUCGUACUAGAGACUUCUAAUGGUGUCUUGGAGAAGAGUUGAAUUGACAACAUGGGUCUUGUUUUCUCUUGGUGCUUAUUGCAGUUCACCCUGAGAGCAGACAGAUGUUUCAAGGACUUGCUGCUGCUGUCAUUGAAUUCAAAGGGACUUAACUUCAAUGAGAGCAGGGCUGAGCUUCAAGUUUGAACUCUUCCUUCCCCUCCCAGGCACAUUGAACCUUGAUCUGUGAGUCAUCCCCUCCCAACAUGAAGCAAAGAUUCAGUAGCUCCACUUCUACACUGUGCCACAUGCAAAUUGCCACUCAAAGCUUUAACUUGGUCAGCAUUGCAAUAAAGCAGAUGCUGUUACUUCACUCCCUUCAUUAUAAAUCUUCAUCUCCACCACCCGGACUGUUUUCUCCCCCUUCCCCCCCCCCCCCAAUUUCUGCUUAAUCUUGAUCUUGUAUUUCCUAGUCUCAUAGCAAUGUGAAAUAGGGCAUGUGUAUCCAUCCAGAACUGCUGAUUUAUGGAAGACAGCAGUUUCUCAUGCUCCCACUGCCAGAUCUGCCAGUGCCUUUCUACCUAGGCAUUUCUAAAGUAUCCAUUGCUGUGGUAUAUAGGUGCUGAAAUGGAAUAUAACUGCUCCAUUGCACUGAGCUUUAAGCCAAAAGUGAACUUCCACUCCCUCUUUAAGUAGCUAGGGGUCAGAAGUGCAAGUUAUGCAGCUAAGAAGCUUAUAAACACUUGGUGAGAUGAAAAGUUCUCUUCUUGAUGUUAUGUUAGUCCCGUGCUCAGACCCUUCUGCCUAAGAUGAAAAAGUCUUGGUGUUUAAACCCCUCCCCCCAAAACUGUCAGGCAGGGUAACAAAGCUCUGUAGACAGUUGGAUAUUGACUAACAGACACAUGUUGUAGUUGCAAGUCUCUAGUAGCAAAGUGUUUUUUGUCAUUCUCCAUAUCUGUCAUCUACUUAAAGUUGCUUGUCAUCCUAUUGUAAGGCAAGCUGGAGGCAGCAAGGGAGAAUGAUGGGGGCAUUGCAGGAAGGAGUCUAAAUUUCUGCAGUGACUUUGUACAGAAAUCAGGAGAGUACAUUAUUCUUGCUGAUAGAUUCUUCUUCUUGCUGAUAGAUUCUUCUUCUCUUUUCCAGUGUGGGGGGGAGCAAUGUUUUGAUGAUGCUCCAGUGAUUCACUGGUCAGUUUUGAAGUUCUAGAUCACUCUGUAGGAUUGUGUCCUUCUAGAUAUUCUACUUGCAUAUUGUGCCACUUCCACCCCUGUUGUCCUGUAACGGUACUAAUGUAGCCCUUUGCAUGAAUGUUAUUUUACACAACAUAUAAUGAUAUGAAACACACAGUGCCAAGUACAGCUUGGAGACACUCUAUUGAUUUUAUUAAGGCACAACAGAGUGUAUUUGACUCUCACAUUUUCCCAUGGUCACUGAACCCUGUUCUUCAUUGGGAAAUAUUAUUUGUUCUCUGCGUGAAAUGGCAAGUGUUGAUGUAAAGACUUCCUUGAACUGUCCAGAUUGAAUUGAUCUGGACCUUGUUCUACAACUCAGUGUCCAGGAGCACAGUGUCCCUGAGCCAGAGAGGAGAGUGUUAACCAGUGCCCCAUAGCUUUUAGUUGCAAUCAGUAAAGCCCAGCAGGCAGUGCAGCAUUGCAUCUCCACAUCUGGUGUGUUACAGCAAUGAGAGGUUAUUCAGUUGAGAACAAUGGCUGCUGUUCAGUGCUGCAUGCAAUGGAGGCAUUAUGACAACUAUAAAAUGGAACCAGCACAGAGAUGUCUGUAGAGGUGGCAUUCAAAUGCUUUUGGGUGAAUUAGCUCCUAGUUGUGAUAGCUUCACAGCUGGACUCUCCUACUCAGAAGCAAUCUCAGCAAGCUGGUGACAGCCUUGGAUUCAGUUAUUGAAACAGGGUGAUGCUACAUUUAGCAAUACUUUUUCUGGGCAAAUGUACACUUCCUUAUUUUGGUGCUGGCAUACAGCUCCAGUGAUAUGGAGAUGAGGCUUUGUCAGAAAGCCACCUCUGUGUUCUGACAAGCAAAUAUUCUUUCAGACUGAGGAGAAGUGAUGGUGAAACAAACCCCAGUGGUAGAGAGCUGUUUCCUAAUAGAGCCCAGAUCUGUGCUCCUGCAAAGUGGAACGGGUAGAUCAGAUUAAUCCCAGAGUUGUAUUGUUU